AGGCGUUGGCCGGUCGCAGGUCGUCGCGGAGAUCUUACUCCGUUGGAGCCAGGCCUGCUGUCAUUGAAGGCUCGGUUGUUCUCAGCGGUUCUUGGUGUUCGAUAAGAUAAUCAACAUGCGUGAAAUCGUCCAUAUCCAAACCGGCCAGUGCGGCAAUCAAAUUGGAGCGAAGUUUUGGGAAGUUAUCUCCGACGAACACGGAAUUGACCCCACUGGAGCUUACCAUGGCGACUCGGAUUUGCAACUGGAACGAAUCAACGUUUAUUACAACGAGGCGUCAGGAGGCAAGUACGUCCCAAGGGCGGUACUUGUCGACCUGGAGCCUGGAACCAUGGACUCCGUGAGGUCGGGACCAUUCGGACAACUCUUCCGACCCGACAACUUCGUAUUCGGUCAAAGUGGAGCCGGAAACAACUGGGCUAAAGGACAUUAUACCGAGGGUGCAGAACUUGUCGACUCAGUUCUCGACGUGGUGCGCAAGGAGGCCGAAGGCUGCGACUGUCUUCAAGGAUUUCAACUCACCCACUCGCUCGGAGGUGGCACUGGAUCUGGAAUGGGCACCCUUCUCAUUUCGAAAAUCCGUGAAGAAUACCCCGAUCGUAUCAUGAUGACGUUCUCCGUAGUUCCCUCACCUAAAGUUUCCGACACUGUGGUCGAGCCUUAUAACGCGACGCUCUCUGUGCAUCAAUUGGUCGAGAACACUGACGAGACUUUCUGUAUUGAUAACGAGGCCCUCUACGACAUCUGCUUCCGCACUCUCAAGCUUACAACACCCACCUACGGCGACUUGAACCAUCUCGUAUCUGCGACCAUGUCUGGAGUCACGACAUGUCUACGAUUCCCCGGUCAGUUGAACGCUGAUCUGAGGAAGCUCGCCGUCAACAUGGUGCCUUUCCCGCGACUUCAUUUCUUCAUGCCCGGUUUCGCACCGCUCACAUCUCGUGGUUCUCAGCAAUACCGGGCUCUGAGCGUGCCCGAGCUGACCCAGCAGAUGUUCGACGCAAAGAACAUGAUGGCGGCUUGCGAUCCCCGUCACGGACGUUAUCUCACCGUCGCCGCUAUCUUCCGUGGACGCAUGUCCAUGAAGGAAGUCGACGAGCAGAUGCUAAACGUACAGAACAAGAACUCAUCUUACUUCGUGGAAUGGAUCCCCAACAAUGUGAAGACCGCUGUCUGCGACAUUCCUCCUCGAGGACUCAAGAUGUCUGCCACUUUCAUCGGCAACUCGACCGCCAUCCAAGAGCUGUUCAAGAGAAUCUCGGAGCAAUUCACUGCCAUGUUCCGCCGAAAGGCUUUCCUCCACUGGUACACGGGCGAAGGCAUGGACGAGAUGGAGUUCACAGAGGCUGAGUCCAACAUGAACGAUCUCGUUUCUGAAUACCAGCAGUAUCAGGAGGCCACUGCCGACGACGAGGGCGAGUUCGAUGAUGAGGAGGAAGAGGUGCAGGCCGAGUAGGGAGACGAAAUUUGUCGUCAUCAGAAUGCGGACGGCUUCUGAACCUACAGCUUCUCUAGUGAAGAGGUUACCGAAAAAAAAACAGCCGCCUUUCAAUGAGCCGCUGCCGUUCAUCCCCAGGCUUGUGUUCAGUAAUGGUCUCUGUACAUAAAGGGAAAAAACGUCGCUUGCUGUCAAUUCUGAAGCAGUUUUAGUAAAUUUGCUGGCUCGACGGCCGCGGCUUUUCGCAAUUAGCACCCACGUUCUUCAAUAUUUCGUUCUGUACGGAACCUCAAUUUUCCUCUAUCGAUACCAUAGACACGAAUAGGACCGGCAUCAGCUUUCGAGGAAAAAUGACUGUUCGUUCCCCGAGCAGCUACCUUUACCCAUCAGAAAAAGCGUCGCGAUGUUGACAAUCACGUCUGCGGUGCUUUUACGGAACUUGAAUUCAUGAUCCGGUUCAUUCAGUCUGUGCUUGAAUUUAAUUUAUUCCGGAAUUCACCAGACUUUCCAUUCAGAGCUGUUCUUCCCUCACAAAAAAAACUGUUCCUUUUUCACUUUGACUGGAUCUUGCAGAAACUUCUGCGAGCGAACUGCGUAGCCUUUCCAUUGGUUCAUAAUAGAGAGAAAUAUCGACGAUCAGAGUUCGCCUCAACGAACGGCUACUCGACCAAUCAGAAUGUCGUCAGCCCAGCUACGCUGGCUUCGCACACUCGAUUCGAAACCAAAAUUGUAAUCUCUCUCAUCGUCUCUUCUCUCUGUAGGGUGGACGAUUUAAAAUAAAUUCUAUUGUUGACCCC